GUACUGUACAACUUAAAUUCCCUUACCAACUUCUAGAUUAUUGUUUUGUCACAAUUAUGAAGUAGAUAGAUAGAUAGAUUUGUACAAGUACAACCAAGUUUCUUCACUCCCAACCCAUCAUUUGCAUCUAAAUUGAACCAAAAAUGCUCCUCGGAUUCAAAAAACUAACGUUAUUCUUCAUCUACUUGACAAUCUCAUUCUCAUGUUGUUGGAUUUAUGUUCAGAGUGAGGACAAUGAAGUGAUAACAUGUUCCAACAUAGUACAACUUCAACAUCGUACGGAUAAUAUAUCCUUAACGGAUUUUGGUGGUGUCGGUGAUGGAAAAACACUCAAUACAAAAGCAUUCAAAGAAGCUAUUUACAGAAUUAGCCAUUUGGCUCAAAGAGAAGGAGGCACUACUCUUUAUAUUCCUCCAGGGGUAUUUUUGACAGAGCCCUUUAAUCUUACUAGUCAUAUGACUCUUCAUCUUGCUGCUGGUGCUGUUAUCAAAGCCACACAGGAUUCGUCGAAUUGGCCUUUAAUUGCACCAUUGCCAUCUUACGGAAGAGGAAGGGAGCGUCCUGGAGGAAGGUAUAUGAGCUUUAUCCACGGAGAUGGACUUCAGGAUGUAGUAAUCACAGGUGACAAUGGGACAAUUGAUGGGCAAGGAGAUGCAUGGUGGAAUAUGUGGAGGAAUAGAACUCUUCAAUUUACAAGACCGAAUCUUGUUGAAUUCGUGAAUUCUAAAGAUAUUAUUAUUUCAAAUGUGAUCUUUAAGGAUUCUCCCUUCUGGAACAUACACCCAGUUUACUGCAGCAAUGUUGUUGUUCGAUUUGCCACAAUUUUGGCUCCACGCGACUCUCCCAAUACUGAUGGCAUUGAUCCAGAUUCAAGUUCAAAUGUAUGCAUAGAGGACUCAUACAUAUCAACCGGAGACGAUCUUGUCGCAGUGAAAAGCGGAUGGGACGAAUACGGAAUUGCAUACGGCCGUCCUAGCUCUAACAUAACCAUCCGUCGUGUAACCGGGUCGUCUCCAUUUGCCGGGAUUGCCAUCGGCAGUGAAGCAUCAGGUGGAGUAGAAAACAUACUAGCUGAACACAUAAACCUUAACAACAUGGGAAUUGGUAUACACAUUAAGACAAACAUUGGAAGAGGAGGGUAUAUAAAGAACAUUAGUAUAUCUCAUGUUUAUAUGGAAAAUGCAAGAAAAGGUAUAAAAAUAUCAGGUGAUGUUGGUGAUCAUGCUGAUGAUAAAUAUGACCAUAAUGCCCUUCCAAUAGUAAAAGGUAUUACUAUUGUGAAUGUUUGGGGUGUUAAGGUUUUACAAGCUGGUCUUAUAAAAGGAAUAAAAAAUUCUCCAUUUUCUGAUAUUUGUUUAUCUGAUAUUAAUCUUCAUGGAGUGAAUGGAACAAGAAGUAGGACUCCAUCUUGGAUGUGUUCUGAUGUGGUUGGAGUUGCUCAUGAAGUUAGUCCAUGGCCAUGUUCUGAGUUGAUCAGUCAAAAGUUAGGAUCAUGUGCUAAUUACUAGUCCUAGAGAUUGAUGGAAAUUAUUAUGAAGUUUAUUAAUGAGAAAAAUUUCAAUAACCUUUCAUGAACUAUUAUUAGACAUAUUUUAAUUUGUUCCAUUAAACAAAUAUUUUCAUUUAUUAUGAA